ACCCCUAACUUUUCAAAUAGUUCAAAGCUUUAACCUAUAGAAUAUUCGAUGUAAUUCUAUAUAAGAGCCGUUUACGUGGUUUACAACACUGUUUUUAAGUUGAAAAGAAAUUCUAAAGUGACACGUCAGUGAAUAGAAAAGAUUAUAAUAGUAUAUAGUUUUUAAAUAUAACAUCAAGUACAAAAAUAAAUAAAAAUGUCAGAUGUAGGAGAAUGGUUUAAUUCUUUGCCAAUAUUUACGAGAUAUUGGUUACUUUUGACCGGUUGUCUGUCAUUAAUUGGCAGAUUUGGACUUUUAAAUCCAAUAACAUUAGUGCUUCUUUAUGAUCCUUUUGUACACAAAUUUGAAAUUUGGCGAGCAAUAACAAGUGUAUUUUUUUAUCCCCUAAGUCCUGCGACAGGAUUUCAUUUUAUGAUUAAUUGUUAUUUUUUAUACAAUUAUUCAUUGAGAUUGGAAAGAGGAGAAUAUGAUGGAAGACCAGCUGAUUAUUUCUUUAUGUUAUUAUUUAAUUGGGUUUGUUGUGUUAUCGCUGGUUUAAUUGGAGAUUUUCCUUUAUUAAUGGAUCCAAUGGUUCUCAGUGUAUUAUACAUUUGGUGCCAAUUAAAUAAAGAUGUUAUUGUUAAUUUUUGGUUUGGAACUAAAUUCAAAGCUAUGUAUUUACCUUGGGUACUUUUUGGCUUUAAUUUGAUUAUAUCCGGUGGUGGAAUGUUGGAAUUAGUCGGAAUUUUGGUUGGUCAUUUGUACUUUUUCUUUAAAUUUAAAUAUCCCCAAGAAUUUGGUGGACCUGAUCUUUUGAGUACUCCAAAAAUUUUGGAAAAUUAUUUUCCACCACAAAGAGGAGGUAUUAGAGGAUUUGGAACUGCUCCAUCACAACGAACAGCAGCACCUCAAGAACAAGGGAGAAAUAUGUUUGGUGGAUAUAAUUGGGGUCGGGGUCAAGUUUUGGGACAAUAGAGCUGUGCAUAAAAAAAAAAUUAAUAAUUGUGUAUAUUUUAUCAUAUAUAAUACGAGUGAUAAACUUUCGUUUUCAUUUUCUCCGCUGUUUACGAUUAUUGUCACUUUCAAAGAAUAUAUGAUCUCUAUUAAACAUACAAGGAGUUUGUUACGAGUUCAAUGUAUGAGUGAAUGUAUAAAUUAUAAAAAAAAAAAAAAAAAAAAAAUCUCAGCAUAAAUUUCAUAGGAUCAAUUUUGAACCAAAGAUUGAAUAUAAUAUUAAUUGAAUGUUAUUUAAAUCACGUUUUCGAAAUUGAUUGUAUUUUUCUUUGAUUAUUAAAAAAAAAUUAACAUAUCAAAAUAAUUUGAAAUUGAAAGUUGAUCCCAAAUAAUGCUAGAUUGACAUAAUAUUUCUUAUUAAUUUUUAUAUUAUGUAUUAAAUGUUAAUAUUGAAUAUUUAAUAUAUAUAUAUAUAUUAAGUGAAUACAAUAUUACAAAAUGCCUGAUGACUCUAAAAAAUGUUUUCAUAAUUUCCUUUUUCGUUUGUCAAGUGAAUGGUCUAAUAUGUAAAGUCCUAAAGAGUAAACAAAAAAGUUUUUUUUAUGAAACAUAACCAUGUAUUUCUUUCUCAUAAACUGAUUUAUUUAAAAAUAAAUUAAAUUUCAAAGAUC